AUGGCCACAACCUCCGCCGACGCGGACAAGACCCUUUCGUGUGCCAUUUGUUAUGAUGUCGCCGAUGGACAACAUUUCGGGACCAACUCGUGCAGGGCUUGUGCUGCGUUUUUCAGGUAUGGUACACUGUUGCUUGUUUCGUUAAUUUUAUUGAUUGUAUGACAGUUAUAAUAUUUUCAGAAGAACGAUAUCCAGGAAGUUGAAGUACAUCUGUCGCUUCGACGGCGAUUGUGAGAUUGCUAAAGGUAACUACUUUUACCUAAAUUUUAAUUUGUUUAAUCAUUCAGAGUUCAGCAUAUGAAGUAUUGACUGUUUUUCCUUACUAUUUAUUUUAUAUUUUAGUAUACCGUUCGUUGUGCAGAGCGUGCCGGUUGGACAAAUGUAUCGCCUGUGGCAUGAAUGCUUCUGGUAAGUUGCAUUACUGUCACUCUUUUGUAUAACAUACUAACUAAAACACUGUAGUUAAUCACGUUUUAAAUGGUUCUAAUAAGUAUAAUAUGUGACUUUCAGCCGUCCGUUCCGAAUGUGCCGAAGUUAAUCGUCCGCCAAAAGCUCCACGAAGUAAUCUGAAGUCAGUCAACGUUAACCCAGAAUCUUAUCACCCUCACCCUCUUCCUAGUAUCCAGCCUUCAGAAUCGCCCAACAACGCCGUCUACGUCUGGGAGAACCCACGAUCUCACUCCAACGCUUCUGGAGGCACUGCUUCUGAUGCAUCCUACCCGUCUACAUCAACGUCAUCUUGGCCCAGAAGUCCCCCGACCACCUCACCUCAACCUACAGCUCCAUCUUUUCUGCACGACAUCGUGGAGGUGAUACCUAAUGAACUACCAAUCAAUGCUCAACCAAUUCCCACCACUCAUCCUACCUUGGUGAAGAUGAUGUAUGCUUACGAGAACCUACAACGUGUCAGGGAUAUCACGUUCAGACGAUCAAAUGACAUGGAUGGAUGUCCCUUCAGAGUAUAUACAGUAACUGAUGUAAGUGAUGGUACCUUUUUACUAUUUAUCAUGUUAUACUUGGUUGUUUAUAUUGCCUUUGGUAUAUUUAAAUUAAUGUCAUAUCCUACAAAUAUUAUCUUCAGAAGUUGGACAUGGGAAACUACUAUCAGAUGACACAAAUCGAACUGAGACACAUCGCUGAGCUCUUGAACAUGUUCGAUGGCUACAAACAGCUUCCUCACGAGGACAAGGUCGAGAUCUUUCGUCAUUACUGGAUCCGUUUUGUAGUUCUGGAAAGAAACUUUGAUACCUACAAGGUUUUGGGAGACCCGGAGGACCGAAAGAUUGUGUUCCCGAACGGAGAGAUCAUCGACGUGCUCAACUGUGAGUACGACGUCACUCAAAUCACCGACGUUCCUCUAGAUGAAGUAAGUAUACGGCUUGUCCAGUAUCUAGGCACUGGACUCUUUUUUAUCAGCUUUGAUUGUUAUUUCGAAUAGCCAAUAUAUUGUUUUAGUUUAUAUUUAUACUAAUAUUAGGACCUCUACUUUCCCAUUUACAAUAACGUAACUUUAGAUACGACGACUGAUUCAGCCUUGGUACAAAUUGUCCGCCCAAGAACUAAUCCAACCUGUAAAGAAAUUGGCACCCAGCGACAUUGAGAUGAUGUUCUGCUUAGGCUACGUGUUGUGGCAUUUCAGUGGUAAUUACUUUUCAAGUUUAAAUGUUAAAACACUUAAAAUAGAUUUGGUUAAUCCUACUGUAACAUAGUUAUGAUUUGUGCAAAUAUGUAACCUUAUAAUAAUAAUUUACAAUGUAGCUGAAACUGCAUCAAAACUAUCUCCUAACACCGCUUCCUUCGCUAACCACAUGGUAAACCAAUUAUACGACGAGCUAUGUAACUACUACAACACCUCUGUCAGUGUAGAUAACGUUGUGAGAAGAGUUUCUGAACUCAUGAACUUCAUUUCAACCACAGAGGUAAGUCACUUACUACUAUAACACUUCCUUUUCACCGUGAAACAAGUUUCUUACUGUACCACAAUGUCAUCUUAUAACAUUAGCGAAUUAAGUUAACUUAAAGUAACUUUGUAACAUUUCAGAAGAUCGUAAUGUACCGUAAAGAAGACAUUAUACUAGCCCGCACAUUCCUCAACUUCAAAGUCGACAUCUACAUGGAGGAGUUGUUCGACAAAGGCCUUUAA